UCAGAAUUAAGUAAAGUAGCUAUAUAUAUCCCGUCUCGUAUACUCCCUUGUUCUUUCUUCUCUUCUCUGUCGUAUGGUUUUGGAAUUAAGGAGCUUGGACGCGCAAAUCUCGAUGUACCGUCAACACUCAUCGUCUUCGCAGCCUAGCCAUCCGAUGUACGGUCCUCCGCCGCCGUCUUCCUCUUCCUCCGCCGGUAUCUACCCCAAGAUUGGCCACUCCGCAGCCCCUCCCCCCCAAGGCCGUCCCUUUCCCCAGCACCACAACCCACCUCCUCCUUCCUCUUCUUCUUCAGGAUUGGGCAUACGCGUAACUAUAAAGCCGGAGUAUCGGAUCACACCUCCUCCUCAGUUGUCACCGCAUGUGGGAGAGAUACCUCGGAGUAAUUUCCAAUUUGAUUUUGAACUUGAGAGAAAAAUUCUUGCUGAAGCGGAGAAGGAAAACCAGAACUGGAUGAAGUUUGUGCCGGAAAAUCCUCCAUCUAGGACUCCAGCAUCAAUGUCUUCAAUGUCUUCGGUGGGCUCCAACACAGACCCUACUGUUGCCAAAUAUAUUGCUUCAGGGCUGAACCGAGAAGCUGUUACUCUUGCUGUGGGGCAUUAUGGAGACAAUCCCAUGAAGGUUCCGGAAUUUGUCAAUGGCUACAACCUCUUACGAGAAAUGGGAUUCCCAUCGAAGAGUGUUGCUGAAGCUCUAAUAAUGCAUGAGAAUGAUACAGAUAAGGCACUGGCACAUCUUCUCAACGGUUCUUCUUGAGUAAUCCUACACUGAUGAUAGAGUGGUGUGGUGUAUUGGUAAGACUGUUAUGCCUAUAUUGUAUGAACCUUUGGGUUCAGCACGAUUGUACAGCACUUAAGGGAUUGGCACAAGUUUUUAUUUGUCGAACAAAAGUCAAAAUUCAUACAGUGUCAUUGUCAUAGUUUUUCGUGUUUUUAGUCAGAAAGUUGUAUAGAUGUCUUCGUUCCAUUCUACAUUUUUUUUAAAAUAAAUUUUUGUGUGUGCCAGUAUAUAGUACGUAUAUAUAUAUAAUUGGCGUGGAUCUUUAUGCUGUGAACACUAUGAAUAUUGAAUUAUAAGCUCUUCAGUAGGACCUAUUUUCAA